CGGCGGUUUCUUCUGCCGCGACCACGUCUGAGUCAUCGCAGUCCAUGCUGGCUAGUAGUAAUACUACAACUAGCAAAAAUCUUCUGAGUGAAGAAGAAGACAAGCAGAUGACCUCUGAUUAUAUCUUGAAGAGUGCUGCUGCUUCUGAUCAAGCUUCAUCUGAUCACGAAUCGAUGGCGGCGAAGUAUUUAUCCGCGAAAACUCUCUUCAGGGCUGUAUUGGAGAAUCGCUGGUUUGGCAUUGCACAUCUCAUGGUGGAAGCAGGCGUGCCGAUAUCCGCAGCUGUGCAGGACGCUCUUAGUCAGCAGCUGCUGAAAUUGACGUGCUCGUUGACCCCGAAGGCGCCGACGUGGGCGGACACAAGUGCCACUCUUGAUUUCGGACUUGACAUUUGCGGUGGCUGGCGAGCACUGGUGGCGCCCGUGCCGCCGAACUUGAGCGGGAUAACGAUGAAAAGUUGCGCGUCGGACGAUGAAAAGUCGCGCGUCCUGAGCAUCUCCGCGACGUGUCCGGUUUGCUUCAGCGUGUGCAGCGGUGCAGUGAUGCGGAGAAGACGGGCCUUUGACGUCUCAUCCGAAGUUGUCCUGGAUCAGUUCUUACAGUUGCUCGACGCAGAAGAGGAGGCGAAACGCCUCAAGGGAGUCGCAGGCGCCCUUGCGCGAGAUGCAGUUGGCCCGUGGCGCACAUCCUACGCGAAAAAAAAUUUCGACUUCUACGAGAGAAAAUUCUUCAGAGUAGAUCCUGGCGAAGAUGUUACUACCAGUUCGAGAUUGGUGAGAGAAAGCAGAGUCCUCUGCGCUGCUCCUCGUCUUGCAAACGAAAUGAUCACGGCAGAGGAUCAUGAACCAUUUGCAGCCAAGACCUCAAAGCCAAGCUCGUAUUCUCACUCGCGGAAGCUGCUACAGCAGCGGCUGCCGAAGUUUGUAGACAUUCACUACUUGGAUCACGGGAAUGUGGACAGACUCCUGAACAUUUCCACAGACACGGUUUCCAAGACAAAGGACAGGGUUUGGCGAAUUGAGAAAAUGAAGCGGUCUUCAGAGAGCAAUCAAGGGAACGGCAAGGGAAGAUCAUCUUCCAGAGCUCCAUUUCUGCGCGCACAUCUGCCGCCCGCGACAGAACUUGCCUAUGACUUUGUGGAGUGCAGUGAAUGCGGCACCACUGUAGAGCUGGAUGCAGCUGUCGAGACCAUCAAAAACCUCGUGUACUAUUCGUCCCCUUUCGUUGAGGAGAAGAUGAAGAAGAAGGUCAAGGUACUGAUGGAUGGAUCUUAUCGCGUGCUUGGUUGCACGGGUUUGCAUGUGCUCGCAACGUACAGUGGUGAUUCGCACUUCGGCUUGGACUCAGCAGGCGUAGAUUUCGGCGUGGAGAUCGCCGAACGCAUGAUGACCGGCGGUUGCGAUCCGAACGGUCGCAAUGGUCUAGGAAUGACUGCUCUCGACACACUGGUAAACAAGAGUGGACUAGCGCACAAAGCGUUGUUUGACUUCCUACUGGAGAAGACGAGUGCAGCGGAGAUCCAACGGAGCUAUCCUUUCUUGGUGGAAACAUUCGUCAUGGGACUUUUAAGGGGCCGCUCGGACUCGGUAACCGCCGCGCAAGAGGACGGUAGACGAGAAGACUCGAGUGCUUCGAAGGAUGGAAGCAGUGGAGAUUUUUGUCCUUCGCUCAGUUGCGCGAGCAUUCAGCUGGUCCUGGGUCAGCUCGCCACGAAAUUGGGCGAAGGACAACAGCUAGAACAGGUGCGAUUGGCCAAUAUGGACGACCGGUUCGCCUUCGUUUUCGCUGAUUUGCUUACGCGCGGAACGGCGCAACAUCGUUCGUUGCUUGCGCAAAUUCUGCGUCAAUUUCGCUUUCCGCCCUCUGUUGUGCGCGAAAUCUUCUCUCCGGCUGUACUUCGAGUCGUAGCAGGCACCAGGUGUCUGCAGGCGAUCACCCAGAGCCUCGUUCAUGUUAAGGGCGGCACCAGCAUCAAGGCUUCAAAGGACAACGCGUCAGCAGCGGAUGCCCAGGAAAUUGUGCGCGAUAUGUUUCAGUUGGUGCUGACCACACAGAUGAAAUGCGCAACAAGUUCGGAAGAUGAUAGCGCACCUCUUCUAGCACUUUCGGUCGGGAGGACGAGCGAUAGUAUUCUGUCAGCGCUCGUGUAUGAUCCAGAUCAUGGUCAGCAGGGCUCCUUGCAUGUGAAGCAUGUUCUUUUGCAUUGGUUUGUGUCAGAGACUCGGCUUAUCGAUUUGAGCGACUUUGAGGGUUUUCUCGAAAGCGUGGUAUUACCGCGGCUUUUUUCCGUUGGCUUCUCACGUGACGAUGAUAUCCAGACAUCCUUUUUGCAGUUCAUCAGCAACACGGUCACUCCUCUCUAUCUUCAUGAUGAUCAUAAAAAUGAUCAUGAUCAGAAGCCGCGACGAGGAGCAGCGUUUCCGCCAGCGUGUCUCUCGCAAUCUGCGCAGUGGGCAGCUUACUCGCUCCAGGCAAAGAUGUUCACGCUCGCGGAAUUCUUCAUCAGUUGUAUCACUGCGGAUGUUUUGCAGAAACACAUAACAGCCUCUGGUUUGCGCAGUUCUGAUCAGGCAUCCUUUUCUGGAAAGAACUCUCCUUCUUUGAGCCAGCAGAGGUUAAAAUCAGUGCGGCUGCAAGCAGUGACGAGUUAUGUCAAUGUCCAUGCACUCGGUACGCGAAUUGAGUAUUCUCGCUAUGUCGCAGAAGCACCAUUCUUUGCAAGCUUUCAGGACCCGGAGAAGAAUCCCAGCUGUCUCGCGAUCUGCCAAAAGUGGUUGCCCUCUUCAAGCGUUGCGAACGUAAAUUCAGCUUUCAGUAAUCAUGGUUGGCCCUUGUCUGUACUAGGGAAAGAGGUGAGUGUUCCGUUGAAACGCACUUUCGAUGCGCUUUUUUUGGCUGGAAGCCACAUCGUGCCGGCAAUCUCCGGAAAGGCGUUUCGCAGCAGCUGCAACCUGCUCGCGCUUGCCGUGGCACAGAACCAGGUGAUGAUUCUGCGUGCGAUUUGGGCGAGACUGGAGGGAAAGAACCAGAACGCACCAGUCGUGACUAAAAAGGUCGUAAAAAAGGCUGCUCCCCCUGCCAUGUUAACGCAGGAGGUUUUAGAAUCUUUGCAAAUCGCCUGGCACUGCAUCGACCUGGGAGGCAAAAAACCGCUUUUCGAAAUCAGCAGGUUGCAGGAACUGUCCGCGUUGCUUCCAGAGGAUCUUCUGGAGUUUUUGCGAGGACGUGCGUCCACCAGAAUGUCCAAGGAGCCAGAUGAGAUAGCGUCUCAUGAUGUUGUUGGCACCAACGCCCCCGACCUCAAAAAUAGGCCGCAGAUGAAGGAGCAAAAGCCAGCAUACGAGAAAGGCGCUUUUGAGUGGAAGCAACUGGUUCUGCUCGAGGAUCAGCCGGAAGAGGAAAAGAAGAUGAUUUGCCGAAAGCCGAACAAGAAAUACGACUUGGGUGAAGGCCAGACAGACUGGAAUGACGUGGAGGUAUUCUGCGAACCAGUGGACGUGCCUAUCGCACGCAUCAAGGAGCUUCUGGAGUUGGCGAAAGCGAGAGAGGUGGCGGAUUCGCAAUCGAAACAAAUGUUGAGUCUGGACUCUCUACAUCUGGAUGCAGAAGAAUUGCAAUCCGAAUACGAUCGUGCGGUUUCAUAUUCAGUUUCUUCAUUUACUACUUCUACGGGUGCUGGUGGGCCUGCUGCUGAGAUGAAUGCUACGGGGGCUCCUACGGGGGUUGUGAAGAAAGUUAUUUACUACGAUUUGCUUGGCGUGAAAGUGGACGUAGCAAUGGGAGAUUAUGGCGAGAACAACUUUUACCAGAUGCAACUUGUCCACGAGAAGCGGAAGGACCUGUACGUCUUGUUCACCCGUUGGGGCCGGGUCGGCGACGAAGGCAUGUUUCAGCGCACACCCUGCGCUGACAAGGAGGCGGCGAUAAAAGAGUUUUUGAAGAUUGCCAAGUCCAAAAUUGGCUACAAUUUCGCGGAGUACAACCCGUUCGGCAAGCCGCCCUUAGGUUUUACACCUAACUGGAAAAAGUAUCAUCUUUUGGAACUGACUGGAUCGGGAAACCACGAAGAGUAUGAUUCAGACCCAAGAGCUUCGAAGCGGUCCUUGGGUCUUCUCCGUCCGUUCGAAUUUAUGUCCGUACGCAAGCACUCGAGCAGAGUAGGCGAGCAGCGUAAUGGAGAACUGAAGGCCGCUUGUUCUCGGUCCAGUGUAGUCACGCAUCAGAUUCAUCAGAAGUACAAGAACAAGUACUCCUACUCGCUGUCGCCCGGGGUGCAUCAUUUUUUUCGAAGUCUCACGAGUUUUGACUUGUACCAGUACCAGCUGUCGAAGAAGCUCCAGAUUCGCUUAGAAGACAUGCCGAUCUCGCAGGUCUCUGCUCGAGUCCUAAAAGUUGCAAGAGAGAUACUGAAAAUGGUCGCCGCGAUCCUUCACAGCCUGAAACAAGAAAAAGCUAAAGGAUGGAGCGCGAUGGACCAGAAGUUGAUCCAGAGGUACAAAUCGGAACUGAUGGAUUGGAGCUCCGAGUACUACCGCUUGAUUCCUAAGAAACGGUUUCGGGCGGACGAGCCGAUCCUUCCGCUGAGUACGAAAAUGCUGGGCGAAGAGGCGGAAACGCUGUCUGAGCUCGACGAUUUUACCUGCGCUCUUAAAAUCUUGUUCAGCGCUCUACACAGCGAGAGAGCUUCUACGACAGACCACAAACACCCUCUGGAACACAUCGUGGACGACCUUUUGCCGGUGAAAUUGACGGACAUCACUCCAGUAAAGAAUUGUGAACAAGUGAGCGUCGACGACCUGCGAAACAGUGUACAAGCGUACAUCCGCAACACUAGUUUUCUUGGAGUACCAGCAGAGGAACCGGACUCGGAGGUCGACAAAAAUUCAGCAGAAUACAAAAUGGUUAUGCAGUAUCUGAGGGGCACGGCCGCGCAAACCUUCAGUGGCGACAAGAAGCUGCAUUGUCGCAUCUACAAGGUUACGCAGACAAAGUCUAUGCCUGGCGACGCUGCAUUCCGUUCAUUUCAAGGGGAACGGCGCUUACUCUGGCACGGAACGUCGAUGCCGAACGUGCUUUCGAUUCUGGCGCAGAAUCUCAAGGUAGCCCCUAACUUAGGCAUUCGAAUUUACCUUCAAAUUUGUCCGUUAGUCGAUCGGAAUCGAGUCCUCGACUAAUAAUGGAUAUUUGAUGUUCGUUUUGUCGUCGUUCUUGUUAGUCUGCUAGGUUGCAGUUUGCGUUUGUACCCUCAGACAUACUUCUCUGACUCUCGUCCAAGAUAUGAUGAUCUGAAGUUUGUAUUGAAGAGGGUUACAAUUCAGCGAAAAUUAUUUGAAUCAAUAACAUAACGAACUGCUCUUGAGACAUUACAUCAUCUAGUUACAUAUGAUUUUUUGUAGGUGGCACCUGCGGAAGCUCCCGCGUCUGGAUACGCUUUCGGAAAAGGUGUCUAUUUCGCAGAUAUGGCAGAGAAAGGCCUCAACUACAGUCAGGCAAUGCACGGUGCAAAAGUGUUGUGGGAAGAAAACAGCACAAAGUUGCGGUCGUCCUCUGUAAAAGAAAACAGUACAACAUCAAAGAACAACAAUGGCUCGGCGGGAGAGGUGGAGGACGUCGCGAUGGAGGAAGUAGAGGACCCUGCUUCAUCGUCCUUUUUCGAGGAAUACGACGGUCCACCUGCGCAUGCGCCACGCGUUGGCCAAGAAGUCGGCGAAGAGUCUUUCGCGUCGAUGGACGAUGCAAUAUCUCAAAUUACAGACGCUCUCUACGAACAAGAGGAGAUGAAAGCUAGCACGACUGGAAGUCCUUUGUCGUCGAAGAUGACUGCAGCUUCUACCGAGAAGAUUGUUGACAAGCUGGCGUCGCAAGCGAACGCGUGGAGGCGGUAUUGGAACUCCGAGAAGGCAACAAGGCAGUACUUGUUUCUUACUGAGGUCUGUGUGGGCGAUUCCCCCGUGAAGGUGUAUAAUGGUGCCGCCGCGGAAGCCGCCGCUGUGGCUGGAGACUCGACGACGGAAAAGGUGAGGUCCAUGGCGUGGGCGCAGAGAUUGGACCCCUCCAAGCCGUUCGAAACGGGAUGCGCGUCGGUCGAGUGCGUGCAUGGCGUCGGCCGCAAAGAGUUGGAUUGGGAGGAUCAGGCUGGAGUUGGAUUGGGGGGACAACAUAGACAUAAUCCUAUUAGCGUUGGGACGGCGGUCACUUGGCCCCGGUCAAUUACUACAGGCGCGGCCAGUGGAAGUGGCGAGGACAAAAAAGGGGAGGUCCAUGAGCUGCUUUGUUCUGGCAGAGUUUGUCGGAAAAUUGUGAAGGAUAAAAAUGACCCGGUGGAAUAUGAGAUCAUGCAGAUAAGCAACUCAAAAGUCGUGUACGUGACUUUGAAGGAAACAGAUCUAACGGUGGUUCACGAAUCGCACAUUCUGUCCUUGGAUUUUUCCAAAGAGGGUGGGGGUGAGCGCGUUAGAAUCCCUUUCUUCCACGCCGGAAACGACCAGACUGAGGAUUCCCACACUGAUGGAAGAGGGAGUGGUGCCGGUGGGAAUAUUAUACGGGACCACGUAGCACCGAGAGCCGGUCUCUCGCCUCCCGUCACAUACAGCGAGUAUGUGGUGUACAGGCCCCACGAACAGGUCCGCAUUCGAUAUGUCGUGGAACUGUUAAGAUAACAUAAGAUAGCCCGCAGAACAACAAACAGGUUGCAUACAAGAAUGGAGUUAUAUCACAUAUUAUAACGAAAACGAGUUCUUGCUCUAAUACUCCAGCGACGCUCAAAGCGCAUAAAAAAAUAUUAGCCAGCUAGUUUUUCUGAUUUUUAGCAGCCUAGGCAAUCAAUGUUAAUUAUGGAAGACGAGGCAACUAAGUAGGUAUAGCAUGUUGAUGAUAGAGGCACACAAGUUCUUUCUGCGUGUGAGUUGAGGCGCUACUUGCAUGAGAGGCCACCUCAGGGAAGUACACGUUGCAGAGUUGUACUAAGUAACAAACUGCUUAAGGUGCGUUUUUGCAUUAUAUUGAGUACUAUUACAAACUAGCAAGGCUCUUUUGCAGAGUGCUAACGUGCCUUGUUGUGACUUAUUAAUUGGAAA